UUAAUUUUAAAUAUUCAAUUCCUUGAUUUUGAGCCAAGAUCAGCUUAGCACAACACAUGCUCCAAAAGCCAACUGAAGGGAAUAAAAGAAACGCUUAAUCCUUGAAAAUAUGGAAAGUUGGUCAGUGGAUAUUGUUCUUCUGCCUUUUUACAUCCUCAUCGUGGUAGCUGGGAUUUUAGGAAACAUUUUGUUUAUUACCGUGGUCAGGAGGCACCGAUCUAUGCAUACUACUACUAACUUUCUCCUGGCUAACGUGGCGGUUUCUGACAUCAUUUCCUUGGUGUUUUGUGUACCGGGAAUUAUUCUGCGAUUUGUGGAGCACCCAGGCGGUAAUGUGGGUAGUUUUCUAUGUAAGUUUGUGACGAUGCAUCUGGUUGCAGGGAUCACUUUACUCGUUUCAGGACUUACCCUUACUCUUAUUUCAAUUGAAAGAUACAAAGCUUUGCUGCGACCCACGAGUUUGCACUUAAAACUCCACAAACAACGCGUUAUAAUUGCGAUUUCCCUUAUUUGGGGAUUUUCCAUCGCUUUUGUUUUGCCUUUGUUUAUAAAGCAGAGAUACGAGGAAAAGGUGAAGCAGUGCUUUAUGGAGUGGAAAGAGAGUAAUUCUCGAAUUUAUUGGACACUGUUGGCGACACUGCUGCUGUGGGAAUCCAGUGGUCUACAUAUUCCAAAGUGCAAAGUACAGAGCGGGAUUAAGGGAACUAUUUAAGGGAAGGCCAGCUGUUCGCCGAAGCGAAAAGUCUUUAGAAUUGUAACUCUGUUUGUGACGUUGGUCGCUUUGAUCGCGUUUAGCGAUAUGGUAUCAAACGAGAUAAAAAUUACUUUAGGCCACCAUAAUGUCGUUUAUUCAUAAAGAGAUUCUUCAUGACAAACAUUCGUGACUAUGCCAACGGAUAGCUGAAGACAUCUUAAUGUCCGGUCUUAUAAUAAGAGUAUUGGCUGGUUUAAAGAAAAAUAAUCUUGUUAACUAUCGUUGAAUCAUGGUUACGUGGUUGCAUUGCCAUUACGUUCGUAUAUUAACGCAGAAAAGGCAUUAAUUCGAACCGUUAUUUCGUGAUGAUCAGGUAAGAACACCGUCGAGAUAGACUUGAACAAAUAUGGUUGGGUUUAUCACCAGCCAUAUUUAAGGGUACUGAAAAUGCACAACACAACUAGUGAAAACAACUUCUUGUUACUAUCCGCAAGCUUUUCCUGAUCAUGAUAGAUCAGACUUGAAGCCUAUGAUGCUUGAACCAAAGAAAUUCUCCGCCGCGUCCUUAUCAAUUUUCGGCCUAUUUUUUCUUUAUCCACCGAAAAACGGAUAAAAGUUGGCAAAACAAAUCCGGGUAAGAUAAAACUGGUGACCAUAAUCAUGUUUUAACUGAAUACGCCUUUAAAAUCACAUAAUUCUGCUGACAUGAUGACUAAAAACACAACAUGAAUAAAAUGAUUUGUUGUUAUUCCGUUCAGUCAUGGAAUUGGAAGCAGUCUGAAGGUGAAUUAAACAGUUCAGUCUUAUCAAAUCCAUUUGUAGAUAUCAGGAGUCAUUAAGUUCGAAUCAUCGCUAACUUAUUCUCAGCUGUUUUCCUCGUGUGUUUUUUUUCUUUUUAUUAAUGAGGUCAAUGACAGGAAGGAUAGAAGAGAUCCGUAGAUAUAUUUUGGUUCACUCAUUCGUGGUGGUAAGGUAACUAGCCUCUUUCCUGCCUAAUGUGACUAAUGUGUGAUAACGUGCCCCCCGGGAGGGUUUAUUGCAGUGGAUUUAUUAACGGUGACCACUAAUAAAUUGAAUUUCUUCUGAAAUCGGAAGAUCUGUCGUUCAUAUCUCAA